UUUAAAUACAACAACCACAACAACAAAGUUGCAGCUUGGACUCCCCGCCCAGAGAAGAUAAAACACCAGGCAACGCCGCACCUCUUCGGGGUGCCCAACAAGACUCCUUAGCUCCAGGAAGGGCCUGUUGAAUAUCAGCAGAGAGAUGGCUUGGGGCACAGCCUGGUGCUCAGUCCUGCCCCUGUGGCUCCUCUGGGGUGCUGCCGGCUCCAGCGCUGCGUCAGGGGACUACAAUGCCUUUCCUUUUGACAUCGAGGGGAGCUCAGUGGUCGGCAGGCAAGACCCAUCUGAGCCCGGCGACGCACGCGUGACACUGGGACGCCUGUUGCCCGCUGUUGAGAGAUGCAGCCCUGGAUUCUUCCGCACGUUGUCAGGAGAAUGCUCCCCCUGUCACUGCAAUGGCAAUUCGCACGAGUGUCUGGACGGCUCCGGCCUCUGCCUGCACUGCCAGCGCAACACAACCGGGGAGCACUGUGAAAAAUGUCUGGAUGGCUAUAUUGGAGACACCGUCAGAGGCGCACCCCGGGUCUGCCAGCCGUGCCCCUGUCCCUUACCCUACCUGGCCAACUUUGCAGAAUCCUGCUACAGGAAAAACGGAGCUGUUCGGUGUAUUUGUAAAGAAAACUAUGCUGGGCCUAACUGUGAAAGAUGUGCUCCUGGUUACUAUGGAAACCCCCUGCUCAUUGGAAGCACCUGUAGGAAAUGUGACUGCAGUGGAAAUUCAGAUCCCAACCUAAUCUUUGAAGAUUGCGAUGAAAUCACUGGCCAGUGUAGGAAUUGCUUACGAAACACCACGGGAUUCAAGUGUGAACGCUGCGCUCCUGGCUACUACGGAGAUGCCAGGACUGCCAAGAACUGCGCAGUGUGCAACUGUGGGGGCGGCCCAUGCGACAGCGUCACCGGAGAGUGCUUGGAAGAAGGAUUCGAACUCCCUACAGGCUGUGAUAAGUGCGUCUGGGACCUGACCGAUGACCUGCGAUUAGCAGCGCUGUCCAUCGAAGAGAGCAAAUCCGGGCUGCUGAGCGUGUCCUCCGGCGCUGCCGCGCAUAGACACGUGACCGAGAUGAACUCUACCAUCCACCUCCUUAAAACAAGGUUGUCAGAAAGAGAAAACCAGUACACCCUACGGAAAAUACAGAUCGGCCAUGCCGAGAACACAGUGAGAAGCCUCCUGUCCGAUGUGGGAGAACUAGAUGAAAAGGGUAGUAAAGCCUCAAGAAAGGGGAAGCUGGUUGAGAAGGAAAGCCUGGACACAAGUGACCACGCGACUCACCUUGCAAAGCAAGCCCGGAACAUGCGGGACAAAAUCCAAGAGAUCAACAGCAAGAUGCUCUACUAUGGAGAGAAUUUUGAACUCAGCCCUGAGGAAAUAGUUGAGAGGCUGAUGUUGGCCCAGAAAAUGCUGGAGGAGAUCCGAAGCCGGCAGCCAUUCCUCAAGCAGCGGGAGCUCGUGGACGAGGAGGCAGAUGAGGCCCAGGAAUUGCUGAGCCAAGCCGAGAACUGGCAGCGGCUACACAAUGACACCCGCUCCUUGUUCCCUGUGGCGCUGGAGCAGCUGGAUGACUACAAUGCUAAGCUGUCAGACGUCCAGGAAUCCCUCAACCAGGCCCUGGACCACGUCAGGGAUGCAGAAGACAUGAACAGAGUCAUCUCCUCCAAGCAGAGGGAACAUGAGAAACAACAUGAGAGAGUUAAAGAGCAGAUAGAAGUUGUGAGUACCUCUCUGAGUAUGUCUACAGACUCUCUCAUGAUACCUCGGCUGACUCUUGAGGAACUUGAUGAGAUAAUAAAGAAUGCGUCUGGAAUCUAUGCAGAAAUAGACGGAGCCAAAAAUGAGCUGCAAGGAAAACUUUCUAACCUAAGUAGGCUCAGUCAUGAUUUAGUCCAAGAAGCCACGGACCACGCGUACAACCUUCAACGAGAAGCUGAGGAGCUGAGCAGGAAUCUGCACAGUUCAGACAUGAACGGGCUGGUGCAGAAGGCUUUGGAUGCAUCCAAUGUCUAUGAAAACAUCGCCAAUUAUGUCAGCGAAGCCAAUGAAACGGCAGAGCGUGCCCUGAACAUCACUGACCGGAUUUAUGACGCUGUCAGCGGGAUCGACACUCAGAUCAUUUACCAUAAGGACGAAAGUGACAACCUUCUCAAUCAAGCCAGAGAGCUGCAAGCAAAGGCGGAUUCUAGUGACGAUGAAGCAGUGGCUGACACCAGCAGGCGUGUGGGAGGAGCCCUGUGGAGGAAGGAGGCCCUCCGAGACAGACUGAAUGAUGCUGUUAAGCGACUACAGGCAGCAGAGAGAGGGGAUGCCCAGCAGCGCCUGGGCCAGUCCAAGCUGGUCAUCGAGGAAGCUAACAAGACAACAGUGGCCAUCCAACGGGUCACCACCCCGAUGGCUAGCAACCUCAGCAACUGGUCGCAGAACCUUCAGACUUUUGACUCGUCAGCAUUCAACACCGUAGUGGACUCUGCUCGGGAUGCAGUAAGAAAUCUCACGGAGGUUGUCCCCCAGCUCCUGGACCAGCUGCGUACUGUAGAGCAGAAGCGGCCUGCAAGCAAUGUUUCCGCCAGCAUCCAGAGGAUCCGAGAGCUCAUUGCUCAAACCAGGAGUGUCGCCAGCAAGAUCCAAGUCUCCAUGAUGUUUGAUGGCCAGUCAGCUGUGGAAGUGCACCCCAAAGUCAGCGUGGAUGACCUGAAGGCCUUCACAUCCAUCAGCUUGUACAUGAAGCCUCCUCAGAAGCAGUCAGGGCAGACUGGGGCCUGGAUAGCAGAUCAGUUUGUCCUCUACCUCGGAAGCAAAAACGCCAAAAAAGAGUACAUGGGUCUCGCAAUCAAAAAUGAUAACCUGGUAUAUGUUUAUAAUUUGGGGACCAAAGACGUGGAGAUUCUCCUGGAUUCCAAGCCCGUGAGCUCCUGGCCUGCUUACUUUAGUAUUGUCAAGAUCGAGAGGGUAGGGAAACACGGAAAGGUGUUCCUGACAGUCCCCAGUCUCAGCAGCACAGCAGAAGAAAAGUUUAUUAAGAAGGGGGAGUUUGCCGGCGAUGACUCCUUGCUAGAUCUGACCCCCGAGGACACUGUCUUUUACGUCGGCGGGGUGCCUGCAAACUUCAAGCUCCCAGCCAGCUUAAACCUGCCCAGCUACUCAGGCUGCUUGGAGCUAGCCACUCUGAAUAAUGAUGUGAUCAGCCUGUACAACUUCAAGCAUAUUUACAACAUGGAUCCAGCCAAGUCAGUGCCCUGUGCCAGGGAUAAACUGGCUUUCACUCAGAGUCGGGCUGCCAGCUACUUCUUCGAUGGCUCCAGUUAUGCCCUGGUGAAGGACAUCACCAAGAGAGGGAAAUUUGGUCAGGUGACCCGCUUUGACAUAGAAGUCCGAACGCCAGCUGACAACGGCCUUGUGCUCCUGAUGGUCAAUGGAAGCAUGUUUUUCAGCCUAGAAAUGCGCAACGGCUACCUGCAUGUGUUUUAUGACUUCGGAUUCAGCAACGGCCCCGUGCAUCUCGAAGACACAUUGAAAAAAGCCCAGAUUAACGAUGCAAAACACCACGAGAUCUCAAUCAUUUACCACAACGACAAGAAGAUGAUCUUGGUGGUGGACAGACGGCACGUCAAGAGCAUGGACAAUGAAAAGAAGAGAGUGCCCUUCACAGACAUCUACGUUGGAGGGGCGCCCCAGGAGGUCACACAGUCCAGGACCCUAAGAGCACAUCUUCCUCUAGACAUCAACUUCAUGGGAUGCAUGAAGGGUUUCCAGUUCCAAAAGAAAGAUUUCAAUUUACUGGAGCAGAAAGAAACUCUAGGCAUUGGUUAUGGAUGCCCGGAGGACUCGCUGAUAUCGCGCAGAGCAUAUUUCAAUGGGCAAAGUUUUAUUGCUUCAGUUCAGAAACUAUCUUUCUUCGAUGGCUUUGAAGGAGGUUUCAAUUUCCGAACAUUACAGCCAAAUGGGUUAUUGUUCUACUAUGCGUCGGGGCCCGACGUGUUUUCUAUCGCACUGGACAACGGCACCGUGGCCAUGGAUGUAAAAGGCAUCAAGGUUACGUCGGCAGACAAGCAGUACCAUGACGGGCUGUCCCAUUUUGUCAUCGCCUCCAUCUCACCCACAAGAUAUGAACUGGUAGUAGACAAAAGCCGACUUGGGAGUAAGAAUCCUACAAAGGGGAAAGCAGAAGAGACCCAAACAACUGAGAAGAAGUUCUAUUUUGGCGGCUCACCCAUCAGUCCCCAGUAUGCUAAUUUCACCGGAUGUAUAAGCAAUGCCUACUUUACCAGGUUGGACAGAGACGUGGAAGUCGAAGAUUUCCAGCGGUAUUCUGAAAAGGUCCACACUUCCCUUCACGAGUGCCCCAUUGAGUCGUCACCACUGUUUCUCCUUCACAAAAAAGGAAAAAACUCCUCAAAGCCUAAAACAAAUAAACAGGGAGAGAAAAGUAAGGAUGCACCUUCAUGGGAUCCUGUUGGUCUGAAGUUUCUAGAACGGAAGGCUUCAAGGGACUCUCACUGCCACCUGUCCAACAGCCCCAGAGCAAUUGAACACGCCUAUCAAUAUGGAGGCACGGCCAACAGCCGCCAAGAGUUUGAACACAUACAUGAAGAUUUUGGUGAAAAAUCUCAAUUUUCCAUUCGUCUGAGAACCCGUUCCUCACAUGGGAUGAUUUUCUAUGUCUCAGACCAAGAAGAGAAUGAUUUCAUGACUCUGUUCUUGGCCCAUGGACGCUUGAUCUUCAUGUUUAAUGUUGGCCACAGGAAACUGAAGAUUAGAAGCCAGGAGAAAUACAACGAUGGAUCGUGGCAUGACGUGAUAUUUAUUCGGGAAAAGAGCAGUGGCCGACUGGUCAUUGAUGGUCUGCGAGUUCUAGAAGAAAGUCUUCCUCCCAGUGGGGCCACCUGGAAAAUCAAGGGUCCCAUUUAUUUGGGAGGAGUGGCUCCCGGAAGGGCUGUGAAAAACAUCCAGAUUAACUCCGUCUACAGUUUCAGUGGCUGCCUUGGCAAUCUGCAGCUCAAUGGUGCCUCCAUCACCUCAGCUUCUCAGACGUUCAGUGUGACCCCUUGCUUUGAAGGGCCAAUGGAGACAGGAACUUACUUUUCCACAGAAGGAGGCUAUGUGGUUCUAGAUGAGUCUUUCAAUAUUGGAUUAAAGUUUGAAAUUGCAUUUGAAGUCCGUCCCCGGAGCAGUUCUGGAACCCUUGUUCACGGCCACAGUGUCAACGGGGAGUACCUGAAUGUGCACAUGAGAAACGGGCAGGUCAUAGUGAAAGUCAACGAUGGUGUCAGAGACUUUUCUACCUCAGUAAACCCGAAGCAGAAUCUCUGUGAUGGCAGAUGGCACAGAAUUACAGUUAUUAGAGAUUCGAAUGUGGUUCAGUUGGAUGUAGAUUCAGAAGUGAACCAUGUGGUUGGACCACUGAAUCCAAAGCCAGUGGACCACAGGGAGCCUGUGUUUGUUGGAGGUGUUCCAGAGUCUCUACUGACACCGCACAUGGCUCCCGGCAAACCUUUCACAGGCUGCAUCCGCCACUUUGUGAUUGACGGGCGUCCAGUAAGCUUCAGUAAAGCAGCCCUGGUCAGUGGUGCGGUGAGCAUCAACUCCUGUCCCACCGCCUGACACAGCAGGACACAGCCGCUGAGGAGAAUUCUUUCUAGCACUG